GGCGCGCGACGCAGCUACUGGCGACUAGGCGCUCGCCGCUGCUAGAAGCGACGCUACCGGCACCCACAGCCAGGCACCGGCCGCGACAGGGCGCUCGCCGCUGCUAGCACCACUCACUGCCGGAAGCACCCACCGCCAGGCACCGUUCCUCUGCAAGCACUCCCUGCCAGGCACCACAGCGCUCGGUUGCUGACAGUUCGCGAUGGCGCCGGCCCCGCCAGCGCUGGAGCUACUGACGUUGACUCUGCUGCUGACCUUGCUGCCGUCGCCGCCGGUCGUGUGGGCCAAUUCACCGCGGUGGCAGUGGACGUGCGACUCGGGGCUGUGCGUGCGCAGCGAGGCUCCCCCGGAGCCGCGGCUGGACGCGGAGCUGGAGGAGACGGUGGUCCAGCGGAGCGUCCACCGGCUGCGGCCGCCCUGGCCCUCUCACGAGCUGUGCCGCCUCACCUGCGGGCCCUACGGCGCCCUCUGGCCGCGCCCAACCGGCCACACGCUGAUCGCCGACGCCCUCGUGCCCAUCAACCCCGCCACAGCCAGGUUCGACCUCUCUGCCGUGGCCGGCGAACAGGGCAGGGAGCUGGUGGACGCGGCGUCUCGGCGCUGGGUGCGAGACCUGCAACACGCCUUGGCGGCUUCCGGCGGCCACGGCGGCGGGGGAGAGGUCGCGGGUGCGGGGGCGGCAGCGGGGGCGGGAACCGACGUGCUGGUCACGGUGCUCACCAGGGACAGCCCCCAGGCUCUCAGCUGGGAGACCGACGAGACCUACACUCUGGACGUCGCCUCCAGUGGUCAUGAGGUGCGGGUGACGGUGUCGGCACAGACGGUGUGGGGUGCACUGCAUGGCCUGACAUCACUGCGGCAACUGGUGGGCUGCUGCAGUGAGGAUGGCGCAGCUUUGAUGGUGGCCGAGGCGAGGAUAGUGGAUGGCCCAGUGUACGCUCACCGUGGCCUUCUGCUGGACACGGCGCGCAACUUCCUGCCAGUGGAGACCAUGAUGGCCACGAUGGAUGCAAUGGCCGCCUCCAAGCUGAAUGUGCUGCACUGGCAUGCGACCGACUCACAGAGCUUCCCUCUCCUGCUGCCCAGGGUCCCACAGCUCGCCAGGUGGGGCGCGUUCUCGGCGCGCGAGACGUACUCGUGGCAGCAGGUGUCGGCGCUGCUGGGCUACGCGCACGCGCGCGGUAUCCGGCUGCUGCUGGAGCUGGACGCGCCUGCGCACUCGGGCCAAGGCUGGCAGUGGGGAGAGGCGGAGGGUCUGGGCGCGCUGGCGCUGUGCGUGGGGCAGCAGCCGUGGCGCCGGCUGUGCAUCCAGCCGCCGUGCGGACAGCUGAACCCCGCCAACCCGCGCCUCGUCGGCGUGCUGGCGGACGUGUACCGCGACGUGGUCGACCUCUGGCCGCCGGGACAGCCGCUGCACAUGGGCGGCGACGAGGUGUCGUACUCGUGCUGGAACUCCAGCGCGGAGGUCCUGGAGUACAUGAGCAAGCGGCGCUGGGACCGCUCGCAGGACGGCUUCCUGCGGCUGUGGGCCGAGUUCCAGCAGGCCGCGCUGGAGGCGCUGGACGCGGCGCGGGGCUCCAGCGACGUGCCCGCCAUCCUCUGGAGCUCGCACCUCACGCGGCCUGGAAACAUCGAGCGCUUCCUCAACAGCUCCAGGUACGUAAUCGAGACGUGGGUGGAGGGCGGCGACCCGCUGCCACAGCAGCUGCUGGCGCUGGGCUACCGGCUCGUGGUGGCGACCAAGGACGCCUGGUACCUGGACCACGGCUUCUGGGGCAGCACGCGCUACCACGACUGGAAGGCCGUCUACAGCAACCGGCUGCCUGGCUCCAUGGCACAGGGCGUGCUGGGCGGCGAGGUGGCCAGCUGGGGGGAGCUCGUCGACGACCAGUCGCUGGACGCGCGCCUGUGGCCUCGCGCGGCGGCGCUGGCGGAGCGCCUGUGGUCGAACCCCGGCGCGUCGGCCAGGGAGGCGGAGCCGCGGCUGCACGCCCACCGCGCCAGGCUGGUGGCCGCAGGGGUCCGGCCGGAGGCCCUGGCGCCGCGCUACUGCGUGCUCAACGAGGGCGCCUGCCAGUAACUGCCGAGCGCGGCACACCGCAGCUCAACACUCUGCUGUACCGCUCUGCACAAGUUCCUGCCGCCAAUAAAGGCUACGUCUUCUUCUGUA